UUUCCGUAACUUUCUGUGAUGUUGCUCGCGAUUGGCUGAUGGUUGGAUGAAAACAUGGCGCUGCGGCUCAUCAGAAUCGUUUGUUUUUCCACAAGUUCACUGCUCAGAACAGCAGGAAGAAGUCGACCACUUUCUACGUCUACGACUCUCAGAUGUUCAAAGACAGAUCAGGGAGACUCAAGCUCACAAAAUGAACAACAAACUUCUGGGGAAAGUUCAGAAGAUCCCCACCAGGAGGAGAUCCCGGAGUCUGAGGUGAAACAGAGACUGUUGGACGCCGCGCUGGAGUUCGUCCCCUCGCACGGCUGGACCGUCGAGGCCCUGGCGGAGGCCGCUCAGACCGAGGGCCUCCCCUCCGUGUCCCACGGGAUGUUCCCCAGGGGUGGGGACCUGGCCCUGCAUUUUGUGGGCGUCUGUAACGCACAGCUGGCCGAGCAGAUGGCACAGGAGACACAGCAGGUGGAGGAGGGGCAUGUGGAGCGCAGACAUACCCGAGAGUUCCUGAGAGAUGCGAUGGAGACCCGUCUUAGAAUGAUUGUGCCAUACGUGGACAACUGGCCACAGGCCAUGUCACUGCUGGCCCAGCCCAACUGUGCACCAGACUCCCUGAAGCUUCUCUCCAGCCUGGUGGAUGACAUGUGGUACCAUGCAGGGGACAGGUCUGCUGAUUUUAACUGGUACACUAAGCGGGUGACCCUGGCGGGCGUGUACACCUCGGCCCAGCUGGUGCUGGUGAGAGACCAGUCGCCUGACUUCCAGGACACUUGGCAGUUCAUCGACAGCCGUCUGGACAACCUGGAACAACUCGGCAAGGCCGUGCGAGGGGUGGCCCCUACUGUAGAAAGUUUAGCACAAGGACUGUCAGGAGCCUAUGUAACUAUUAGGAACAUAACUGGCUUCAAUGUGAGGAACAGAUGAAGCCACAAGACAGAGCUUGACUUCAGUUCAAGAUGGAGUUAGCAAGCACAUCGGCAGAACGUACUGCGCCUGCGCAAAACCCUGAUUUUUUGCGGUUUUCGUUGGAUGUUUGGUUAACCUUGCAUAUCUAAUUUUUCUUGUCGCAGAGGACAUCUUUUCCGACAUAACAUUUGGAAACUACCAACAGGAUGUUAACCUUAUAUGCGCAAGUACGACCUUAAAUGACAUGUGCUAUGCAUAAUACAUUACAGGUUUUGCGCAGGUGCAGUACGUUCUGCCAAUGCAUGUGCUGAGUUAGCAUAUGCAUGACCACCAUUCUCUAUGUACAUGUACCUGUGUGAGGUACAAAAGAUUAAAAGGAUCAGGAAGCAUGUACAUGCCACACUUCUAGUUGGAGCUAUUGCAACUCAUCGAUGCAAGUUGCCCUAUCAACAUGUUGUCAGCUGGUGUGUUACGCCAAAAGGCGGUUAUACCGGCUAUACAGAUACAGAUACAGAUGUUGUACAAUGGAAGGAAAUGUGAUAUACAUGACAAAUAUGAGAAGAUAAGUUGAACAUAGCACUGUGAAUUGUAACACUAGGUCGGUAUUGGUUUGAUACUGUAUCAGUGUAUGUUGCAUGAAGGUACUGGUAUUGAUGAAUGAAUUUUUAGGCCACACCAUUGACCAAUUUGAUUUGUUGGUUCUCGGAUUUUUUCAGAAAAAAUAUGAAGCGACAGGGAA